CGCCAUUUACCAGAACAACAUAGCAGACGUUGCAGUAGCGCUAGCCAUAAGAUCAUUACAUCACAUGAAAAUUUUACUUCAAUUCACUCUCUCUUCCAAUAUUCCACUAUUUAUUGUUUAACUCUAUCAUUCCAAUUCGUUUCGCUUGAUGAUCCCUCGUUCUUCAAAUCAACAACCUCAUUCAUCUCUUUCCGUUCUCCAUUUCUAACCCGAAAUGUGGCACCGCUUGUCCUCUUCGAAACUCAAUUUCAGAACUUGGGGUUUAGGGUUAGGGUUUCUUAAACGCUCGUUCUCAGCUGAAUCGGGGAAGAGGUUCGCUGCGCUCUGGGGAAACGGCGAUUACGGCAGAUUAGGACUAGGCGAUUUGAAUUCUCAAUGGACACCUGCUAUUUGCACCUCCUUCCAUGAUCAAAACCUUAAAGCCAUUGCUUGUGGCGGUGCUCAUACCCUCUUCUUGACAGACAAUGGAUGUGUUUAUGCUACUGGUCUCAACGAUUUUGGACAGCUUGGUAUUUCGGAGAGUAAACAAUACUCAGUUGUGCCACUUCAAGUUUUUGACCACGAGAAAAAAGUUGUGCAGAUUUCUGCUGGCUAUAAUCAUUCGAGUGCAGUAACAGUGGAUGGAGAACUAUACAUGUGGGGAAAGAAUACAGCUGGGCAGCUUGGACUAGGAAAAAGGGCUCCCAACAUAGUUCCUUUGCCAACUAAAGUGGAAUACUUGGAUGGAAUCACCAUUAAAAUGACAGCUUUGGGUUCUGAGCACUCAGUGGCUAUUAGUGAUGGAGGAGAGGCCUUUAGUUGGGGAAUGGGAGUGUCUGGUAGACUUGGUCAUGGCCAUGAGUCAAGCAUACUAGGAUUCUUCAAAAGUAACAGUGAAUACACCCCAAGGCUUAUAAAGGAUCUUGAAGGAAUCAAGGUAAAAAAUGUAGCUGCUGGGAUGCUGACCUCGGCUUGUACUGAUGAAAAUGGUUCUGUAUAUAUAUUUGGAGAGAAAGGGGUUGACAAAUUGCUCUUGAAGGAGAUGAGCAAUGCAACAAAACCAUCAUUAAUCAGGGAACUUCCAUAUGCUGAAGAGGUUGCUUGUGGUGGCUAUCAUACCUGUGUCUUGACAAAUUUUGGUGAGCUUUAUACUUGGGGUUCAAAUGAAAAUGGUUGCCUUGGCAUAGGGUCCUCAUAUGCUAUUCAUCUGCCUGAAAAGGUUCAAGGGCCAUUUUUGGAGUCUUCUGUCGUUCAGGUUUCUUGUGGUUGGAAGCAUACAGCAGCCAUUUCUGGGGGAAGAGUCUUCACAUGGGGUUGGGGAGGUUCUAAUGGAACUUUCUCUGAUGAUGGACAUUCUUCAGGUGGACAAUUGGGUCAUGGAAGUGAUGUGGAUUGUAUAAGUCCUUCAAGAGUUUGCUUUGCAGAUGAUGUGAAAGCAUUGCAAGUUUCAUGUGGUUUCAAUCAUACAGGUGCUAUAUUUGAGUAUGCAUAGGUCUGGCUACUCCGGGAAUACAUAAUUAUCUGCGGGAAUACAUAAUUAUCUGUAACUUAUAAAAGGAAAUCAGAAAAUAAAAGUAAUUCACACACCCCAUGUAUCAUCUAUAGAUAACUUAAUUGAGGGUGAGGUAUAUAUAUUAUCCUUUGUUGUAUUUUAUUAUCAUUCUUUUCACAGGAAUACAAAACCACAAAUAUGUGCCAAAUAAAACUUCCUUGAUGUACAAAACUUAUGUAAAGAAAAAUGCUUCAGAUAAGAAGUUUAUGCGAGUAAUGCUAUAAAGAAAAGAUAUAUUUUGUUUUUGUUAUUCUUAUGGCUAAAAUGAGUUAUGGAACUCCCCUUAAUAUAUGAAUUAAGGUAAAUGCUUAUGUCAUUUGAUAUGUUCUUAAUGAAAAGUUAGUGAUGCAAUCAUGUAAGACUAUCAUCUAAGUUGUCACCCUACAGGACAUGAUUCUUUUGUAGCAUCAUAGUUGAAAAAGAUUCCCAUUCUCUAUUGGUAUAUAGUGUUUGUGUGUGGAUAUUCUCAUUUUGCAAUACGCCAAUGAAUGCAUUGUUUCCAUCAAGCAUGGUGCAUAUGGGAAUUGGAAUCCUAGCGAUGUGGUAGGGCAACAUUACUUGUAGUUCAUUUUUAUGUUUGGAUAGUUACUAGCAAGAUGUAGGGAAGGAUUAAAUUGUAUGACAGCACUCAGAAAAGACCAUCACCCUGUUUUUUCGCAUCAUCGCAUCAGCUUCUACUACUACUACUUCACAGGAAAUUGCAUUUUGGACAUUCAUUGCAGUGGUCCUGUAAUUCAAGUCUGUUUAGACUAGUUAGCGUCCUUGUAAGUAUGUAAUAAAUUACUUGAAAUUUUAAAAUUAAAUCUGACAAUAUGAUUUUUGUGUAGUGACAAAGCUAAAAUAUCUUUGGAUUCCAUUGUAUGAUAUGCAUACAUCUUCCUCAUAAGGGGAAGGCACGUAAUAAAUGUCUGCGCUGAUAAGUCAUAACAUCGAGGCAUUACUUUCCUGUUAAGUUUUGGCUAUAGAAUUAAGAGUUGAUAUCAAUGUUGUCGUUCAGUCAUCAAACCGGUGAAGAUAUUAGGUUAUUAGAUUAUUGGUCGAAUCAAUGGGUCACCGAUCGAAUUGUAUGUAUAUAAAUCAGAUUAAAUCAGAUAACUCAAUUGAAUAAAUCGGUAUCUAUGGCA